AAAAAAAAUUGCAACGCGUUCACUUGAUUCGGUGCUGAUUUGAGAUCAGAAUGGAUUCUAAUGCGUCAAAGCAGCUAUUAGAUUGCAUCAAUGGCGCUCUUUUAUGUCCUCGGUCGCUUACGAUUCCUGCUCAACAAAAAGACUUAACCGAUUGCACAGAAGCGAUAGUCUGCCAUGUGAUGUACGAUCCGAAUGGUCAGGCAUAUAGUUUGGAGAUUAUCAGGGACAACUGUAGAAUCCUUGCAACUCAGGUUAUAGAAGCUUUCAAAAUCUGUGCUAAUCCUGAAAUAUUUGAUCGUUUGGUUGAAAAGCUUCUUUCAUUGAAAGUACAUAAUGAAUAUGCUUGUAGAAGUAUCUUCGUUAAUAUGCUUUGCGAAGCGGCAAGGAAUUCGAAAUCAUCUGCUCACAGACGAUGGGCCAUCUCAUUGAUACGAAGACACUGUCACUUACUAGUAUCACCAAACCAUCGCCUAGAAGAUAUUCCGAUCCGAAAUACUCUUUUUUCCCUUUGUUACGACGUAUACAUGCAUGAUACCAGUUCGGAUAUCAAGCUUCUGCGGUUACUGGAAGCCACUUUAUAUGAACUACAUGUUUCAGUAGCGGAUUGGAAAGCAAAAGCCGCCACUGAUAAGUCAUACGUGAUUCGUAAAUGCAUCAAUGACUGUGAGGAAAUCUUGAACAUGGUGGUGGAUACACCUAGCCAUUUCGCGUUGCACGCUCAACGUUUUCAGGAACUUAUACCCUACAACUGGGUCGUCCAUAUGCCGUCCCUUUUAAUAUCAAUUUGUCUAUAUUGCAAAUUAUAUCCUGAAAAACUCUACCCAUUCAUUGAUCAUUUGAAGAAAGAUGGAAUAAUAAUUGAACCACCAAACGCAAUUUUUUCCAAGCAGAUGAAUACACUACUUUCAGUGCCAGAGACUUCAAUGAUGGCGAUUGAAUGUGCUUGUUUCGAAAUCGAAAGUGCUAUUGUUCAUCAGAAAGAUGACAUUUCUAUUGAGGCAGACGCAUUUGCGACGGUUGAUGGUUUGGAAGAAUUAUAUGGUUUUGACGAUAAUGUCAAUGAAGUGCAGACCAUGGAUGCAAUUUCUCAGGAACUGUGUUUGCUCGUCGCUUCAGCACCUCCUUCACAAGUAGCAAAAAUUUCUUGGGUGACUAUAGCUGCGCUCAAUCUUUUGGUCUCCUGGAGUCAUUCUCGCGAAAUGGGAGAUAUAGGGGGGUAUCGCUCAUCUAUUGUUCUAGCAAUGGUAAGCAAGAUCACAGACUUGCUCAAGGACUUGGUGUUUACUCUCCCAUGUCAUUACGAGAUGGACGAUGCCUUGCUGAGACCGAUGAUUGCUACUGUCUCGGCAUAUACUGUGGCAUUGAGAUCAUCAGCUUUUCAGGUACACACGCAUGAAGAUAACUUCCAUCAGUUGAAGAUGGAUAUUGAAAAAGUUUGGCGAAAUCAUAGAAAUCAACGUAGAGCAUUUUUAGUGACUCAUUCAAAGCAUGACUUACGAAACGAAGAUAAUUGUAGCCGGUCUAUUUAUGGUGUCCUUCUAGUGAUGACCCAAUCUGUCCCGUAUCAGUCAUAAAAUAUAAGUUCAACGAUUGAAGUGCAUGCAAGUUAAUCUCUAGGUCGAUAACUAUGUGGCGUUCCAAACCAAUGGUGAUUGUUAUAAGUCAUGCGACAUUGUCGCAACCAAGCCCUCACUUUGGCAUUUCUCCCCUGUCAAUGCAAAAGGCUUCAAUAGGUCUCAGCUGGAUUUCGAUAUGUUUCAGACAUUUUAUGGGGAUAAAAAGGAUGUUGUUUCGAGACAUCUUUGACUUGUGAUCCGCCUAUCCAUAUCUACUUGGUAAAUUGUUAACCACCAUGGGCCACACCAAUAACAAUGCAUGGGUCGAGAAGCACGACCGUCAUGAUCAGAGGUAAAAAGCGUAGUUUACCUUCUGUUUAGGCCAUA